UGAUCAAGUAUGAGUGGUUCGAAUUUGUUAAUGUGAUUGAAACUAUAGUUACUAUUGAAACCAUCCAAACGUCAAACGUUUACUCAAUUCAUCAUGGAUGAAGUUCCAGAAAGUAUUCAAAAUAAGGCCAAUCUUGCAGCGGACCAAUUAAUUCCACAUAAGUCUAAAAGUUUAUAUAAUCUGGAAUACUCAAAGUUUGUUAAAUGGUUAGCCAACAACGGUACAGGAAUUAUUAAUGAAGUAGUACUCUUAGCGCACUUUCAGGAAUUGUCUGAAGUGUUUCAACCAACGUCUUUAUGGACUAAAUUUUCUAUGAUUAAAAAAACGCUGCUUUUGAACAAAAAUGUUAAUAUUGGAAAUUAUGCAAAAUUGACGCAAUUUUUAAAAAACGUCUCCAAAGGUCACGUGUCCAAGAAAUCAAGCGUAUUAACGCGCGAGGAUAUUUUAAAGUUUUUGCGGCAAGCACCUAACCACGAAUAUUUAUUAGUGAAAGUGGCACUAAUAUUUGGGAUCUACGGCGGAUGCAGAAGGCAAGAACUAUGCGACAUGCUUAUUAGUGAUGUAGAAGAUAGAGGUGAAGUUAUUGUGGUUACAAUUCCUCAAACAAAAACUGAUAAGUAGCGAAUAUUUUCCAUUAUUAAUGAGACGGAAAUGGAAGCCAUCCAAACCGUAAAAAAGUAUUUAGCACUGCGUCCGCAGCACUGCAACUUGAAGCGGUUGUUUUUAGGCUACAGGAAAGGGCUUUGCAUUGCUCAACCUGUUGGGAAGAACACGUUUGGGAAAAUCCCCUCUACAAUUGCAAGUUACUUAGGCUUAAAGAAUCCUGAAAGUUAUACGGGUCAUUGCAUGCGUAGAACUUCUGCUACGUUACUCGCGGAUGCCGGUGCUAGCAUGACUACACUAAAGAGACAUGGGGGAUGGAAGAGUACAACUGUAGUAGAAGGGUAUAUUGAAGACAGUUUAACAAGCAAGAACAAGGCAGCUAAGCUAAUUGCGGGAGAAUCGCUAAAUAUUAGUACAGCGUCAAAUCAUCUGGCAAAUACUAAUUCACCAGUAAGUUUAAACGGUGGCAAUGCUAUCUUUUCGGGAUCUUUCAGUAAUUGCACCUUUAAUAUUAAUGAAAAAAAAUAAAUACUGCUAUUUUUCAGGACGUAUUUAUGAAAUGUUAAUAAAGUUUGUUCCAUUGUUGCGUUUUUCUUUAAGAAGUGACAUGUAUUUUAUCUGUAAGGAAUCUUUCGCACGGAGAGCCCUACGGCUCGCACUUGUGACAGUUAAUAGGUAUUGACAUUUAAUAAUUGACGUUUCUGUUUUGUCAUUAAGUAUAAAUGAGUUACUAUGGUGAUACUUAAUGCCCUAGGGCAUAAAGUG